AAAAAAUAAAUUAAAUAAAUAUAAUAAAUUAAAUAAAUCGAUCCUCGUCGCGUAAUCCUGUCAUGUCGAUCGAGGGUGAAUUUUUCCUCUCAAUCACAGGAUCCAUCGAAUACGCGGAAUUUUACGACAUCGACAACGCCUACUGCAAAUAUGGAUUUCACUUUGGCCCGGAAUGGAGCGUGGUCGCGGGUAUUGAGGAGGGUUUGACACAGAUAUGCAAGUGCAGCGAUGACCCGCGAAAUCUGGCAGUUUGGAAUUUCCCGCUGGAAGUCACGUUCAAGAGUACUAAUCCCUAUGGAUGGCCCCAGUUAAUAUUGUCUGUUUAUGGGUUGGAUGUCUUUGGCCACGACGUCAUCAGAGGAUAUGGAGUGUGUCAUUUGCCGUUGAAAAUAGGUCACCAUGAGAAAAGGGUAUCCGUCUACGUGCCAGAAUCUUCGUCGAUGUUGCAACGUUUCGCAGCCUGGUUAACCGGAAGAAGGCCAGAACUAAUUGAUCCAACGAUAUUGGCCACGGGUGGUGGUAGAGAACGUAAGGCAAUAUUUCGAGCCACUUUCAGUUUCCACGUUCCAGAUCUCAUCCUGAUGGCUAUGCCCACUGACGUUAAAUUAAUUGAACUUGCAAAGAUUCGAAGUAUUAAGGACAGGAUUCGAUAUACGUCGGCUGUGUCAACAUACACAUUUCCGUAUUCGCGGACAGGAAGGAAUUAAACUGCCCUUCUCUCCCUCUCACUCUCUCUCUCUCUCUCUCUUUGGUGAGAGAAUCUGUAACGCGAGUUAAUCGAUACG